GUUCAAUCAAUAGAAAAUGGCUAGAUACCUUCCUCUCAUUUCCUUCAAAUAUGCUAUCCUUGCCAUUCUUCUUGCAGCCAUCACCGUUAGCUCGGAUGAUAACACACCAAUCCCAGAGUCUGAAUCUGGAAUACAAGCUUGGUUUAAUGCCAAUGUGAAGCCCCUGGCAAGUCGCAAGGGCACCUUGAACAGUUCCCUUGAAGCUGCCGAAGCUAAUCCCAAGAUCAUUAAGGUUAGACAAAAUGGAGGUGGAGACUUCAAGACUAUAACAGAUGCGGUUAAGAGCAUCCCAUCAGGAAAUAAACAACGUGUGAUUUUGGAUAUUGGAGCUGGAACUUACAAUGAGAAAGUCAUCAUUCCAAGAGAUAAACCUUUCGUUUCAUUCAUUGGACAACCUAAUAGUAUGCCAACCUUGCAAUAUGGGGGUACAGCAGCUCAAUAUGGAACUGUUUUUAGUGCCACAUUGCAAGUAGAGUCUGAUUUUUUCGUGGCUUCUAAUAUGAUUUUUAAGAAUACUGCACCAAAGCCAGAUGGAAAAAGAAAAGGAGCCCAAGCGCUAGCUCUAAGGACCGGAGGCAGUAUGGCAGCUUUAUACAAUGUGAAAAUGUAUGGAUUUCAAGAUACAUUGUGUGAUGACAGGGGUUAUCAUUUUUUCAAGGACUGUUAUAUUGAAGGCACUGUUGAUUUCAUUUUUGGAAGUGGAAAGUCCAUUUACUUGAAUACAGAGUUGCGUGUGUUAGCAGCUAAUGAACUUACAGUAAUAACUGCACAUGCAAGGCAAAAAGAUUCAGAAGAUAUAGGAUUUUCUUUUGUACAUUGCCAGGUAACUGGUAAUGCUGGUAAUGGAAAGAAGGCACUCCUAGGCCGAGCAUGGAUGGAAAUGCCUAGGGUGGUGUUUGCCUAUAGUAGCAUGAGCGAGGUUGUCGAUCCAAAAGGAUGGUCCAGUAACGACCAUCCAGAACGAGAAGGAAAAGUUUUCUUUGGAGAAUACAAGAACACAGGACCAGGCGCAGCUCCAAGCGGACGAGUUAAGUACAGCAAGCAACUAAGUGCUGGAGAUGUGAAACCCUACACUACUCUUGGCUUCAUUAAGGGUUCUAGCUGGCUGCUUCCUCCUCCAAAGCUUUAAGGAGUUUAUUCAUAUAUAUUCGAGUGCAGCAAUAAGACGUAGGUGAAUGUAUGCGUGGCUCAUGGAAAGCCAAUUCAUCUCAAAAUUUUGUUUUUCUUUUUUUCUUAAAAUUAUUUGUAUGAACUUUAAAUAAUUAAACCUGCAAAUAAAAAAAAAAAU